AUGACAAACAACAACCAUCACCGUGACCCUAGGCCUGCUCCCUCGUCUACGGGCGCGAUAUGCAGCACACCCUGCGCUCGACCUAAUCAGAUCCACCCUGUCGACCUGCAGGAGAACAACGUGCUCUUUGUGAGGUGCGAGGCCUUGCGAAACCUCGCUCGCCGCGACGGCAGUCUCGAGCUGCCCCAAGCUUCGAUCGACGUCGUUGCCGGUGUCAUGUCUCUGCUACGGGAAUUUAGCGCCGUUGACGAUAUCUCGUGUCGAGGAGUUCGCUGGCCGAUGGCUGAAGGAGACAGUAGGCCGUGGCUCGUCAUCGAAGGAUCGGUGGGGAGUCUGCGCCGCCUCCAUGCCUUGAAUUGGUGGUUGGGAAACCGGCACAUCAACAAGUUGACCGUGAUUCAGGAGCAGGAGCACGGGUUGCAGGGCCAUAUCGUCGCGCUCUUGCUCGCGUCGCCGUCCGGCGACGCCCAUACCGUGUACGACCUCGUCGUCGACACCCGACCUCACGAGAUCGAGGUUCACAAAAACGGUGUCGUCAAGGCGAUAUCAUACCUGUAUCCAAGCGGAACCUCUCCGAAGGAAUUACAGCGCUUAGGCAAGGCUCUCUCCGAGAAACUCGCGGCAAAGGUCGAACUCGAUAUGAUGAAGGUGGAAAUCCGGGAUGCUAGGCCUUUUUUUCAGCCCAAUCUUGGGCCUCUCCAUAUGUACGACGAACCCGACAGGAGGACCCCCGCGGCGCCUAUCAAAUCCGGCAACCUCAUCAGGACCCGGGCAUAUUUCUCGAACCAUCCCGUCUCGAACCAUCCCGCUCAAUCGUCGACCUCGCCGUCUCCUUUGCUUGCCGCCAGCUCUACCGACUCUCCUUUGCUUGCCGCCAGCUCUACCGACCCCUCCCUCAGUCGAAAGCGCCGUCUUGACGAUGUUGAUGAAGCGGAGAGCGCCCCACUGCCCAAGCGGCUCAAAUUGACCGGGGACAUGCUUCGAGAUCGAGCCGCCAAGUGCGCCAAGGCUGCGGAGAUCUUCAGAGAGGCGGCUGAGAAGAAGGAAAAGGUGGAGUUGUUGCAAAAGCAGAUGGAGGAGCUCGAAGAGGAAGCUGAGCAGCUCGCCAAGGAAGCUGAUGAGCUUUACGAGGAGGGGGUGGAGCAGCUUGUUGAGGCCGCGAAGCGAUCUGCUUGUUGA